AUGAAUGCUUAUAAGCAACAUUUUCUUCGAAUGGCUAUCUAUAAUCGAUGGGCAUUUCGACAAGUUUAUAAUAAAUUAGAUGAAUAUAUAUCGAAUGAAGAUUAUCAUGCUGAUAGUGGUCUUUUCUUUCGAUCAAUUCAUGGUACUUUAGUUCAUUUACUUUUAUCAAGUAAAGUUUGGUAUGCUCGUCAUACUAGUCCAUCAGCAUUUCCACUUCAAGAUGAACGAUAUCCACAUGAACUUAAUUCUUAUUGGUCUCGUACACCACAAGAAUGGGAACAAGCAGUUACUGAUCGUAAAGAUCUCUAUAAACAAAUUUUUAUUGAAUGUGAUCGUUGGAUUGAUUAUGUAAAACAACUUGAUCUAGAAACAUUAAUGAAUGAAGAAACAUUUACAUAUUUGGAUACAAAAGGCAAAAAACAUGAACGUAGUCGUGUAGAAACAUUGGAUCAUAUAUUUAAUCAUAAUACUCAUCAUCGUGGACAAAUAUCUGCAGCAAUAACAAAAUAUCGAGGACAAGAUGCAUCACCUGUACUCGAUUUAGUUGCCAUGCCUAAAGAAGAAUAUAGUAAUAAUAAAUAA